AUGAGACUACCUAGGGACGCUCCAACUCAACAACUCAUCACAAUGACCAAGGAAAAGGUAAUGCUGAUGUUGAUAGGGGCUCGAGCGGAGGAGCCAGGCCAGAUGCAGACCAAAGAAGACGACCAUCCAUCCACGACGACAAAUACCACCACUCAGGUGACCAGUCAAGAGACGGAGCUGGAGGAGUCCAGCAGUCGGGCUGUCGAGGAUGAUCGAAGAGAAGAUAAAUGGCAUGAACGACCACUCAAAAACGGUAGCAAAUAUGGGAAGUAUACGUCGUUGAGGGCCCUAAUGGCAGAUGUUCUUCAGACGAUCAAGCAGAGGAUUGAUGAUCGGGUUGUGACACCAGGGUUCGUAGAACACUCCGUGGGAGACGCGCUCACCAUGAAUUGUUCAAUUUCCGGUGAGGUGCCGGAGGAGCCCGUCGUCUCCAAGAGUUCUGGCCUCCUGUUCGAAAAACGCUUAAUCGAGCGCCACAUCUCGGAUUAUGGAAAAUGUCCAAUUACUGGAGAACCAUUAACAAUGGAUGAUAUUGUUCCAAUCAAAAGUGGAAAGAUAGUGAAGCCCCGGCCAGUGCAGGCUGCAAGUAUUCCUGGGAUGCUGGGAUUGUUUCAGAUUGAAUGGGAUGGCUUGAUGCUUUCAAAUUUUGCGUUGGAGCAGCAAUUACAUACUGCCAGGCAAGAACUAAGUCAUGCUCUAUACCAGCAUGAUGCUGCUUGUCGUGUCAUUGCAAGGCUGAAGAAGGAAAGGGAUGAGGCAAGGUCGUUUUUGGCACAGGCUGAACGACAGAUACCCUCUUCAGUGGCAGUCCCAGAUGCGGCCAAUGCUGCUGCUCUAAGCAAUGGGAAAAGAGCACUUGAGGAUAGCGAGAUUGAUACAGAUGCUAAAAGAGGUCGCCCAGGAAUCUCAAGUAGUAUCAUUUCCGAGCUUACCGAUUGUAAUACUGCCCUUUCACAACAAAGGAAAAGACGGCAGAUACCAGCAACAUUGGCCUCCAUUGAUGCUGUUGAGAGGUACACUCAACUCACUGUAAACCCUCUUCAUCGGACCAACAAACCUGGCAUAUUAUCAUUGGACAUUUUGUACUCCAAGGAUAUCAUUGCUACGGCUGGAGUUGAUUCAAAUGCUGUAGUGUUUGAUAGGCCAUCAGGUCAAGUUGUAUCUACUCUCAGUGGUCAUUCGAAGAAGGUUACUAGUGUCAAAUUUGCUGCGGAAGGUGAAUUAGUUGUUACUGGCUCUGCUGAUAAAACAGUUCGUUUGUGGCAAGGGUCUGAAGACGGAAGUUUUGAAAGUAAGCACACUUUGAGGGAUCAUACUGCAGAGGUGCAAGCUGUGACGAUCCAUGCAACCAACAAGUAUUUUGUGACUGCUUCUCUUGACAAAACAUGGUGCUUCUAUGAUCUUGCUUCUGGUUUAUGCCUCACUCAGGUUGAGGACGAAUCAGGGUCUUCUGAGGGCUACACAUCUGCAGCUUUUCAUCCUGAUGGCCUUAUCCUUGGAACGGGUACCUCUGGUUCUCUUGUUAAGAUUUGGGAUGUCAAAAGUCAGCAAAAUGUUGCUAGAUUUGACGGGCAUGUUGGGGCAGUUACUGCCAUUUCAUUCUCGGAGAAUGGUUAUUUCCUGGCGACUGCUGCACAAGAUGGGGUUAAGCUAUGGGAUUUACGUAGAUUGAAGAACUUUAGAACAUUUGCUCCAUAUGAUGAAAACACACCCACGCAAUCAGUUGAAUUUGACCAUAGUGGAAGUUAUCUUGCCCUAGGAGGGUCUGAUAUAAGAGUAUAUCAAGUUGCCAACGUCAAAUCUGAAUGGAACUGCAUUAAGACAUUCCCCGACUUGUCUGGGACAGGUAAAACAACUUGUGUCAAAUUUGGUCCUGACGCAAAAUACAUAGCUGUUGGAUCCAUGGACAGAAACCUCAGAAUAUUUGGGCUGCCUGAGGGGGAUGGUGACCCAUUAGAAUCUUGA